AUCAGUAGGACAAAUCAGUCAACGAUUGUAUUUGCAAUGAAUAUGUUAGAAAUUAUAUUAUUAGUCUGCAUUUUUUAUACGAAUAUAUUGCUAUCUUAUCAGGACACUGUCAAAGUUUCCCUUUAUUAUGAGGCACUAUGUCCAUAUAGCGAGGAGUUUAUAACGGACCAGCUUUAUCCUGGGUACCAAGUUUUGGGAAAUGCACUUACUGUUGAAAUGAUUCCUUAUGGGAAAGCUAAGCGUAAGAAAGUUAAUAAUGAAUGGAAAAUAGUAUGUCAACAUGGUCCAAAGGAAUGCUAUGCCAACAAAAUACAAGCAUGUGUCCUGGGUUUAAACCAUACACAAUCAGAAUCUUUGAAUUUCAUUGACUGUGUUAUGUCCACUGGAAAUCCCCAAAACAAAAAAUAUGCUAAAAAGUGUGCAAAUAAAAAUAAACUAUCGUGGAGAGACAUCAAGACAUGUGUAACGGAUAAGCAAGGCACCCAAUUGAUAGAGAAGUUUGGAGAGAAAACAGACAAUUUAAUUCCGAAAUUAGAGUAUGUUCCACAUAUUUUAUUCAAUGACAAAUUCGACGAAGUUCUUGAGAAUGACGCUAGAAAUGAUUUUUUGGAAACAGUUUGUAAAAUGUUCACAGAAAAACCCAAUGGCUGUUAGAUAGCAUCAAUAUUAAACUGUUUUCAUCAGAAAGGGCGAGAUGGAAUUACAGAAAUAUAAAAUCAUGAAAUAAUCGCUA